AUGCCAGUUUACUUCGGUUUGAAUGCAGGAGGAAAAAAAUUUCCAGCUGAGAAGAUACCACAUCAGGAUUCUUCAUUUUUAAGCCUGCAGAGUAAUACGAUUUCCCAGAAAAAAAAUGCAGUGGCUCAGCAAAUAUCAUCAGCAAGACUUCACAAAAUUAAAGAGCUGAAGAAUGAAAUAUUCGAUUUACAGCACAAAUUAGAAGCAUCAAUCUUAGAAAACAACAUUUUGAAACAGCUUCAGUCUCGACACUUGAAAGCAAUAGAUAGAUACGAAAAUUCAAAAAGUAACUUGCCGGAUCUUUUAGCAAAUCAUUAUAAUGAGGUGAGAACUUUAAGGAAACUCCUUAGGAUGUCUCAGGAGGACGAGAGAAGUACAGCCAGGAAGCUCAGAAAUGUUGAAGCAGAGCUGCUAAAAGCUAAAGAAGCUUUGCAGACCUUGUAUAUGCUUUCAGAAGAUAAAGCUCUUGCAGAGAGAGAGGAACUUUAUCACAGAUUAUCAGCCCUUACAGAAAAAAUGGAAGCGAAUAAUAAGAGAAUACAGAGCCUAGAAGAGCAGCUGAAGCUGAACAAUAGCACCUUUAGUCGUCAGCUGGCAAACGAGAACAAAAAAGCUGUAGAAGCUGGGAUAAUUACAAAGAACUUGCAAGUGGAAAUUAACUCUCUUCACCAAAAAAUUGAGGAAAAGAAUCGGCAACUUUAUGUUAAAAAUAUCUAUGCAAAUCGGAUGCCUAAAAUCCCAAAAGACAAAAGUGAUUCAGUACCUCAUGAAAAAAGUCUUAGAAUAAACAGGUCAGUACAAGUAGAUAAACGGAGUUUUAGAUCACUGCUGCUGUCAGACUACCAAGCUUGGGAAACAGAAAAAAGUCCAAUUCAGCUAACACAGGAGGAAAAGUCUUCAGAAGAUAAGAAUCAAAAAGCUAAAGCAAAUGAAGCAUACACAGAUGCCCAAUGUAGAACAGAAAAGCAACCAGCCAAGAAAAUACCAAAGCCAGAACCUUUUAAUAGAACAUGUAGAGAGUAUUUAAGGGAGGGCAGACUACUGAUAGAAGAAUACACUUGUUUGGACUUUAUGAAAGAAGAAGAAAAAGAAACAGAUUUGCUUAAAGGAGAGCUGAAAAAAAUGAUGAGAACUGAACAAACUCUUCUAAGUGACACUGUGAAAGAGGACAAUCAAGAGGAAGAUGCAGUGGAAGAAUAUGAAAUAGAAGAAAAAAAGCCAGGUGAACCACUGAAUACAAGUGGGAAGGCAGGGAGUAAACGUGUAACGCCAGGCCCAAGAAACGAAACACCCGCUAGCCUAACAAAGAGAUACGCGUUCUCAGCAGCCACUGAGAAUUUGCAUCAUUGGCUUCCGACAUCAGGUACAAAAUCACAGAAAGGCAGUCUGUGUAGCCCUCGACUUGCAGGUCAGGACUGUGGCAAAACAGUUGAAUCUAAAGUGAAAAAUUCCUUUGGGCUGUAUGAACCAUCUUUUGGUAAAGUUACCAAAACAAGGCAGAAGGACAGUUCCACUGAAGCGGAAGGCCGUGCUCAUAUGACAGUUGCAGAAAAGAAACAGAGUCUUCUGAAAGGGCUCUUUGGCCCAGGCUGUGUUUGA